CUGCUAUCUUUUGCGUAAGAAAAGUGAAAAAUAGUUUAUUAAAGAGUAAUAGGAAUUUUGAUUUGUUUGACAUGUAAGUGAGAUUUACAUGCCGAUAAGAUUAUCGUUAUCGCAUUCACCGAUAUUCCCAUAAGUAAUCUUCCUGGUGAAUUAAUAUAAUCCCUCUCUGGUAAAGAACGACACAUGUGUAUAAUGUAUGUUUCAAAGCUCAGUCUCUUACCUGCAUGCAACGCAGCCAGUAUUCGAACGAUAGUGUAUCCGUCGUGACGAUAAAGUGAAAUCUUCUUAUCCUCUAAAAAUAACGUUUAAACGCACGUUUCAAAGCAUUAAUAUUGCUCGGAAUGAUAAAUCACGUAAACUAUAAUUUGAUUACUUUUUUGACAGGUUUUUGAAAACUCUUUUUCAUUGUCAGUUGUAAAAUGAGACACAUAUUGGCAAGGUGUUUUGUGCGCUUUCAUAUAUCUCGUGUAACUUGUAUUUAAAAUUUUUAUUUUUUAAAUUAAAAAAAAGAUUUCCAAGGUUUCUCUCUCUAUCUCUCUCUUUUCAUCGAUUGUGUAUAACCAUGCGAUAGGGUCUUCUAUAAAAUAUUAAAUUGAUUUUUAUGCAUUGCAAGAUGCACGUGUGCAUAUUACUUUUCGGAAGUACAACAAACCGGAAUAAUAUCAGGAUGGAUUCACCGGAAUCUUGAAAGUUUUCUUCUCUUCAUCCUGGAAAAUAUUCAGUCUUAAAGAAAAUGGAUAAUGCCAGCGAGCGAACGCGUCUCGUGGACAGCGGAAGAAUAGCGACGUCCACGAAACUCGCUUACGCUCUUGGACAUGUUUUCAACGAUCUAGCAGCCGCCAUGUGGUUCUCCUACACUUUAAUUUAUCUUCAACGAGUGACAUUAUUAGAGCCCGUCGUCGCCGGUGCGCUUUUGCUUCUAGGACAAAUCAUCGAUGCGAUUGCAACGCCUGUGUUUGGAUUCCUGGUCGAUCGUUACUGCAAAAAGAAAUUCUGGCAUGUUUUCGGUUCUAUCAUGGUCACUCUGUCCUUUCCCGUAAUAUUCGGCGAUUUCGCCCAUUCGUCUUCUACGAUGUCCAUGUUUUUAUAUAUAACGAGUAUUACAAUAUUUCAAACGGGCUGGGCGGCCGUACAGAUCUCUCAUCUGUCAAUGAUUCCCUCGUUAACUAAUUCUCUCUUGGCUCGAGCCGAUUUGACCGCAAUAAGAUACUCCGCCCAAGUUAGUGCGGCCAUGGUAGUUUUUAUAGUUACGUGGAUAGUUUUACCGACUAGUGGAGAAUCGGUUCAAUUGAAUCAGCUGGACGAUUAUAAAUUCAGAAAUAUCGUCCUGGUUCUUACGACUCUCGGUCUGACCGCGACCGUUUUCUUUCACAUUUUUCUAAAAGCGAAUCUCUUGGAACGAGCAACAUCCUCUAAAACAAACAUCGAGGAAGCGAUUAGGUCGUCGAACCGUCGAAUAUCAUGGCUCGAUAUCACGAUCUUGUUGAGAGUCGCGAUGCUCUACGUAGCGAGCAGAUUGUUUAUCACUCUCAGCACGGUGUACUUGCCAUUGUAUAUAGAGGAGACCGAAAUCGGCGGCAAACAGGCGUUAGCUACUGUGCCAUUGGUCUCAUAUGUAUCCUCGUUUGUGGCCGCUUUGUUACUUAAAUACAUCAACAGAAGUUGCGGUACCAAGGUGUGCUAUUUUCUCGGCGCUACGGUUGGCUUGGUGGCGGCAAUCGUUACGGAAUUUAUCGCGGGCAACACGACGGUCGUGUACGUCAUCGCUGUGUUAAUUGGCGCGGGAAGCUCCAUUACGAUGGUCACCGCAUUGAGCGUCACCGCCGAAUUAAUCGGCUCCAGAACGGAACGUAGCGCGUUAGUGUAUUCCAUCGUCACGUUCCUCGAUAAAAUCAUCACCGGCCUCGUCGUUAUAUUCAUCGAGAAGUGGAGAUGCAACGACAAGGAAAUCUGUUUCAAUUAUAAUCGGGACACAUUGUCCAUCGUGUGCGCUUCCUCGAUGUUAUUGGGACUCGUAACUUUGAUAUCUGUAUCGCGUUGUCUAACUUGAGACACAAUGACGAAUAAUGCCUUUCGCAUUAUAUCUUUGUAUAGAUUUUAAUUUAUAGCGACAAACGACAUAAAAACAUCGAUGACGCUGACUUUUUAUAUUUAUAAUGCCGUCUCUCUUAUAUAAAAAAAUCUCAACAAACAAAACAACCCAUCU